AUGCACUUUAAAAUGUUAGGUGAAGCACUUUCUGUUAAACUAAUGUAGAACUACAACUGGAAUGCAGUCACUUCAGAUUGAAUAUAUUGUGUUGAUGGUGCUCUCUGGCCUCUACUGAGUCUGUUGGUGGUGUGGGCAUUACUUCUUGUCUGUUAUUGACAGACAGUUGGCACUUUAUGUAAGAACAUGAUGCACAUUUGCACCUUAGGAGGGUUAUCUGCCUAACUUGGGUCCUUGUCAUAGGAAGAUGUGUUUUUUUUGAUACUACUAAAAACACUUACACAUUAAAUAUCAUUGAAUUCGAAGCAGUCGUGUACUUUUAAACAGACGCUUCCUUCCUACAAAGCUAAUUGGAUUUUCAGUUUCUUUGUCUCAGUGGCUUUAAACAAACGAGAAAAUGUUGAAUCACAAACAGCUGCGACCUUAAUAUAAAUGCCCAUCCUGUUAUUGUGGGUUGCACAUGUUACUGUAGAAGCUCUCCUUUCUGUGUAAAGUGGGAGCCUUCUGUGCGUCCACAUCAUUUUCAAGUUACUAACAUUUAACUAACAACGAAUAUUUUGUCGAAGCCCCUUUUAUUCUUCAGUCGAGGACAUGAGAAGGACCAUCAGAGCACAUUUGGCAGAAUGAGGCCUCUGGUCGCACUUCUCUUUGCCGUUUCUCUGCUGAAUUCAUGUGAAGCACAAGGGCCCAGUGCUGUGACUACUGUGUUUGUGCAGAAGGGACGUGAUCUGAUUCUGAAUGUUGAUGCUGAUGUUCCUCAGGAGUUUUUAAAUGUUGAGUGGAAAUUCAAUAAGACGGUCGUUGUAGUAAGAUUUGCACCUGAUGGAAAACAUUUAGUACAUCCUGAUUUAACUGGAAGGAUUGAGUUUACUGUGAAAAAGUUCUCUGUGAUAUUGAAGAAUCUACAAGAGGCAGACAGUGGAGUUUAUACUGCAGAAGUGUUAAGGUUUGACGGAAACCAACCACUAACUGAAUACAAGGUCACAGUUCAAGGUCCAGUGUCUCCAGUUGACCUGACAGUGGACCCAGGGGUCUCCAGAGGCUCAGACUCCUGUAACCUCACUGUGACCUGCAGUACACAGCACUCUCACAUCAGCAGCACUUUUAGAUGCGUCAACCGAACCUGCAGUCAGGAUGGAGGAGAGAAAUCAGAGCUCACAACCUCUGGUGCUUCUCUCCACGUCUACCUGUUGAAUAGCUCCAUCAUCUGUAACCACAGCAACCACUUCAACUGGACCCAAGUCUUUAAAAGGAUUGAAAAACCUUGCCCCCAAUAUGGUGCUCGUAUCCAUGUCCCUGUCCAUAUCCCUGUGAUUGCUAUUUGGUUACCAAUUCUCAUUGUCGUCAUCAUUGCUGGUGUGUUCGUCCUGUUUCUUUAUCGUCGAAAGAGAGGAAACUGUAAGUCCAAGAAACAAUUUCAAUAUAUAAUUGCAAGUAAUAUUUGCAAAAUCCUAUUUGUUUACUCAACAUUUUUAAAAUGUUUAAAGUUCAUCUUCUGCCAUAUUAUACAGUAUACAGUAAGGAAAUCAACCACUGAUCAUUAGCCCAUAUCUCUCUAUCUCUCUAUCUAUCUCUCUAUCUAUCUCUCUAUCUCUCUAUCUAUCUCUCUAUCUAU